AAGUACAUACUUUCAGGAGUUGUAUCUACAAUGGCGAGUAAACAUCAAAAUGGAACACACCCGUAUUCAAGUGGAAACACAAAGUUAAAAAAUGAAAUGGAGGCUGCUGUGCGAGAAGUGGCAUUACCACGAGGCGUUGAUGAAAAUGGCAGCCAUUCUGAUGAUGGUUACUCGUGGGUUGGCAGGGUGGCAGAUCUUGAAGGAGAAGUCCUUCAAUUGAAAAAUGAAUUCAAAUCGUACAAAGAGCAAUGCCGAAAUUGGUUCUUUGUUUUCGAGGAAAAACAUACUCUGCAGAAUUUUGAAGAAAAUCUAGCGUUGUACCUCUAUCCACGAGGCCGUGUGUUCGGGAAAACUGAAAUAUUCCCAAGGCUUAUGAAUUGGCUGUACGUACGACGCAAUACACCCCAAGGCGUGGUCGCAAACAGCAAGUGGUUGAAAAUCAAGCAGGAAGAAGUACAAUGGAGCCCACAUCAUCAGGAGGUUUUAAUGAAAUUCAGAAAUUUAUUGCCUAGUACCACCCAGUCAGUUGAAAUGUGGAAUCCUGUUUCGUUCACUGAAAUAGAGAUGAGAUGCAUUGCAAAUCUUAAUUGUCUCAGUGAGCGUUUGACCAAAUUGAUUGAAGAUGAGGAAAAUGAAAGAGAGCUUAUUGAAACACUCUAACGAUUUCAUUAUUUUUUUAAAAAAAUGGAUUUAAUUGUAUCUAUGAAAGUUUUUAAACGACUCAGAGUCGCCUUAAUUAAUUAAUGUAAUUAAUUAUGGAACAUUAUGAAACAUUGCAUAUAAUUCAGUGAAAUUAUAUAUUAAUAAUAAUGAACUAGGAGUAACCACAGGUUAGAAGUACGACCAUUGUACAAGCUCUGGCACACACCUAAGGUAAUUGUAUGUAAUGCUGGCUAUUAUAAUUCAAGAAGUUUAAUGCAUUAAUAAGUUAUAAGAAAAAGUCAAAAGAAAUCACUACUGUGUCGGUUGGUUUUAUAUGUGAUAAAAAAUCAUGUUAAUUUUGCAUAAACUUUAUAAUUAACUUUUGUUUUGGUUUUGUUGGCUUAGACAACAUUGACUUUUAAAAUUACUUCGCCAAUGAACUCAUAACAUUCGACAACAUUCGUACAACAUUUGUAUUUCGUGACAACUUUUAUUGAAAUGUUGUAAAUUCUACGUACUCUAACCAGGGGCCGCGGAACCUGGGGGGGAUCGGGGCAUGCCCCCCCCCCCCACACACACUUUUUUAAAAGUGAAGAAAGUGCCCUUUUUCUGGACUUUAAU